UGUGGUUCAAAUAACAUAUUCUUCCGCUUCACGGAAGUAAACAGUAGAGGCGUCUGCUCGCGGUACUUUCGAAAACCUUAUUGAUUAAUAUGUUUCCCAUGUGGUCCAGAGUGGCCUAACACACACCACCGGUGGACGUGUGAUGUACGAGUUGAGAUAAUGUUUCAUGGACAGACAGCUUGGUUUUCAUCCAGUGUACCCUCUAAGAGAGUUCGACUUUGGAAGCAGCAUGAUGGAAAAGAAGUUUCUAUUGAAAAGGCACAAUUUGUGUUCAGCGAUGAAUGUCAGGUUGCUGAUACAAGAAAGUUGUAUGACAGCAGUGCCUACAUCAACGAACACCUGGCCAUCUUUCACUCUGCCUACAUCUCGGAAUGUGUCAGGAAGGAAGACAUGACAAAGGUGGUACUGGGAGACUACUUUCUGCCACCUCUGGAAGUUAUGGAAGUGAUCCGAGGCCAAACCAAAUUAGCAUGGGAAAACCAUUCAGCAGAUCAUCUGGAGGACUCUGAUGAAGAAUCUGUCUCAGAGGCAAGAGUGACAGGUCCAACACACUCCAAUUCAAGAAAGACAAACACGUCAAUAGGUGAUGUACAGAAGAAUACAGCUGAUAAGAGUCCACCAAAGGCAAACAGUAGACAACACCAAAACACUGAAGGUGGUCAGAGAGGUAACACAAGUCAGGCAACUGAUAAGGCAAAAAGUGACAAUUCAACUCAAAGGAGAAGUCCAAGACAAAGUUCCAAGAAGACCACUUCAACAACUGUGGAGAAUGCAGAUGAAGCAAAUGUAGUGCAUAUUGACAAUCUGCCGAAGGUAACAGGUGCUCUGGAGCCAUUUUAUCCUGGUCAGAAUGGAUGUGUUGUUUUCAUGAAAUCAUGAGAGUGUGAUGCAUCUUACCCCAGGUAGAAUCAAUAUUAAGGACUCUGUGAAUAAUCAUGAUUUCUUGAUUCCUAAAAUGUUUACAUGGUAAACAAACUACUUUUAAAGAGAUGCGCAUGGUAAAACUUUAGGUUUGAAAUGGUAAAAGUGUUUUUUCUCAGACUUUCUCAUGCAUGUAUCCUGCUGGGAAAGUUAAAUGUGUGUCUGUGAGGUUUAACAAUGUUAUGUAUCUCUUUUUGGUGGUUUGUGAUGUAUGGUUGUCGGGUAACUUCAAAACAGGAAUCUCAAGGGAUAAGAUAACAUGUGUUCUGUCUAGCAAUUCAUUUUAAAGCCAUUAACCUGUCAAAUUUUUACCCCAAGUAAAUUUGAGUGAGCUUUGUCUCAUCUUGAGAGUAUUUUUGCCACUAACAAGACAAUGUUAAAGUGGAGAGGGGUUUUGGAACAUAACUCUCAUCUGACGAACAACUAUGUGCAUGUACAACCACCACAGUAUAAUGCGAUUAUUCAAGGGUGAUAAUAUUCAAAAAUUAUUGGUUCAGAAUAAUGUUUUGGUUUACAAAUCAUAGUUAUAACAGCAAUAACAUCUUUUUUAAAUAUGUUGAGGCUAAUAACAGUCAUCAUGUGGAAAUAAUGGUUUCAUUUUUAGUGUUAGGGAUACAUGGAAUGAUCCUUAGUUGGGAUUUAUUCAGUCAUCCAUAUCGCUGCUGGACAUCUUAUGUAAGUUCAGAUGUAAAGGUUGAGAACCAGAUUCUUCAUUAGGAUAACAAGAUGUUACUGAAUUCUGUGUCAAUUUGUUACAUUCCAAAACAUACUGGGCUAGCCAAAAUUAUCUGGAUUUUAUCACAUCGUCAAAACAAUGAGUUUUUUUUGGUGAAAUAUCUGAUCAAUUCAAUUUAUUUAAGAAAUGUCAUUUAUUUUUUAUAUGAGAUGUCAACAUUAUGUACAGCCUCUUUAAGGAUGAGGAUAAAACGUACAAGCUUUAAACAUUUACCCCUUUUUCAAUGAUGAUGAUUCAAACAAUAGAAUCCGAUCUUUGCAAUGUCGGACAAGUCCACUUUAUGCACAGGUGGGUAUUUCCCACAUAUUCUCACAAUCCUCAUGUCAUUUUAUACAUGCCUGUACCUUUUCUCCCAGUACCGAUUAUCUCUCCUGCUUUUGGAUGCAAUUGUUUGGUCAUUGCAUUUAUCUGUUGUCCAGCUACAUCUGUGGGGAGCAGCUGACUGGACACUCCCCUUUCAAAAAUAAUGUUGUCCAAUAUAUGUUCAUCAAGUUGCGAACGCAUGUUGAAAUCUCCAGAAAUGACAUCAAGAUAGAAUAAUGUUUUAUAGUGAAAUAAACCACACUUCGUUUUUCUUUGUUCUUUGCAAUUUAUUACAUAGCUAUCUUAUAUUACAAGUUCCACUUUGACUGUAUAUGGGAAACAUGUCUAAUUUUGAAGAGUUGAAUGUGCAGAGAGUAUUUUGUCACUUAUGUUAUAUAAUGUAAUAUACAUUGUAAUUUGUAUGUAUAUUUGUCAUUAAACAUUUUGCAUUUUAA